AUGGAAGGUGACCAACUACAACCCUCAAACUACGUGCACGAUGGCCAGAAACGGUCCAUAGAAGCGGAGUGCUUCAAUUGCGAGCAUUGCCAGAAAUUCUUCACCCGCAAAGAGCAUCUAAAACGGCAUCUUACCAGCCAUACCUCGUUACGGCAAUUCAGCUGCUCCAGGGACUCGCUGAAGCGACAUAUGGCGAUCCAUGGCCAUCAGGCAGCUCAAUCUUUCGCUGCCAACUCGCCUGGGAUUAAACGGACUGCCAAGGCGUGCCUUAGCUGUGUACGGUCUAAGCAACGAUGCAUUGGUGACAUGCCGUGUGAACGCUGCCUUCAUAAGAGGACACGCUGUGUCUACGUGCCCACCUCGUCGCCAGUGACUAUAGAGCGAUCGAACGUCUCUAGUUGGGGAUGUUCAGAUGCUUGGUCUACUCUCACGCCUGGCCACGCGGAGAGAGCAGACGAAACAACGCAGGAUGAUACAAGUGCUGCGCCUACACGGGGAUUCGAUACACUUACUUCUGACGAUCGUACUAUGAACACGGAAUUUAUGGAGGUCGACCCUCUUGGGAAAUUGGACACCAUCUCACGUGUAACUCACGCAUCAGCAACUUCUGACAACAUAGAGGUGCCACCGUUACCUCAGAUGCCAUUUUCUUCCGAACUGGACACCUUUAGCGGGUUUUUGUUUCACCCAUUUGCCCCAUGGCCUGAAGAUGCUCUUGCAACACCGUUUGGUGUUGCAGAUUACGAUGACAUACCUAUUGCCACAAGCUUGGAUGGUCUGCAAAGAUCAUAUAUGAACUCUAUCUGCCCGACUCCCAUGCCAGACAUGCAGCCUCAUGCACCCACUCCGAAGCCUAACUUGUCGGGAACCGAACCAAACAACGCACCUCGAUUCCCUGCUCUUCGGAAAGACGACAUGGGUACGGUUAUGUCUGAGAAAUUCGGCCAUAUAAAGCAGGUACCUGAAACAGCUUACGAGAAAAUCAAGCAAUUCUAUCAAGAAGUGAAGACAACACCCGCAGGUAUUGGGGCGGAUGACUUUCCCCCUUUGGAGCUUCUAGGUUCCUUCCUUGAGCUGUACUUUGAAUACUUCAACCCUAUGAUACCAAUAAUACACCAGGCAACUUUCAAUCCAUCUUCGGAAAACUGGAUUCUACUUCUGGCUAUGAUGACGGUGGGUGGCCAAUAUUCAACGCUUCACGCGCGGGAGCAGUACAUCACAACAUUACAGGCACUCUUACAGCGUGCAAUAUCAGCCAAGGUAAACCCGCCCUUCUUACGGCUUCGUGAGACUGUAAAUUCUCAUAGUUGGCAAACAGGUCACGAAUAG